CUCUGAACGUUUGUUGAAACGUACUGGCGUGCAUUAUACUAAUUUCGUAACCACUAUUGUUAUAGGCUACUCGCGCAUGAAAACCGCCUGGGAGAACGGUGACGAUCCAAACUCACCCCCCAAAACCGCGACGCGCAAGCGUGGUGCUUCCACGUCCACCAAGAACGCUACAGUCAAGGAUGACGACAACUUCAGGUACACUCCAGACAGCGAUGAUCAGAAGACGGACGCCAACUACAAGCCCUCCAAGAAGAGAAAGACGGCUACUCCGAAGAAGGCUACCCCAAAGAAGCUGCCCGUUGCGAAAACUGUCAGCCCCAAGGAGAUUGCCGCCAGCCCCAAGAAGGAACCUCAGGAGACCCAGGUAUCCGACAUCAUCCAAACCGAGCCAAACUCUGCUGCAGAUACAUUCACGUUUGAAGACGUCUAUGCCGGUACCAACAAUAUCUACAGCGGCACUCUAGGUGGCCUCAACGCAAGCGGCACUGUCCCCAAUCUCAACAACGGCCUCGCCAUCAACAACAUCGCUUCCCAACCUUCCACCGGUGACGCCGAUUUCAACUCUCACUUCAUGAGCCCAAUGUACACCCACCAGCAGGCCUACUAUAACCCAGCCCCUCAAGCUUCCUUCAACGGCACGGGUGGUAUCGCCACGAGCAAUGCGAGCAUGAGCAACCACUACACCAUGCCCGCAUACCUCUCUGCCGCCACUCACGCUGCACCUUCCAAGCCUAUUCCCGCUUUCCAGGAUACCGAUCUGUUCCCCGACCUCCUCGAUUUCGGCGGAUACCGCAACACCGGUGUUGGCAUUGACGGCAAUGUCGCUGCUUCUGGCGUCACUGGCUCAACUCCUGCUGAGAUGGUCACGAACAAUAACACCGGCGAUCCCGCUGUCUCCGAUGGCUACAACGCCCAGGUCGGCUCUCAAGCUCGUCCUGUCAACGAUCUGUUCUCAUCUUCUUCCUCCUCUGGAUGGAUGAUGAUGAUGAAUGGUGACGAGGAGGUUUGA